AUGUAUGGAAGAAAUGUUGAACUCAUGUUCAGUGUUCCUGUGUCCUUGAUGUUCAGAGCCCUCUUUCUGCGUUGGUCCACCCCACAACAGACGGUCUACGUUAUACAUGGCCUUACUCCUCGCUUAAUGCAGCUCUUUAUUGAUUUUGCAUACACCGGCACUGUGUCAGUAACAGAGGACAAUGUACAGGACUUGUUGAUAGCAGCUGAUAAGUUCAAUGUGACAGGCAUUGUUCAAACCUGCUGCACAUUCCUAACAGGACAGCUCUGCCCAGAGAACUGCAUCGGCAUCUGGCAGUUCACGAAGAACUGUUACACCCCAGAGCUGCAGCUCAAGGCCUUUGACUAUAUGCUCUAUUGCUUUGAGGAAGUUGCAAACGCUGAAGAGUUGCGGCAACUCUCUAUCCAGGACUUCUGUGACAUCCUUGACAGAGAUGACUUGAUAGUGAAAAAGGAAAACACUGUUUAUGAGGCCAUCCUGCACUGGAUUGCACACGCACCAGAAGAGCGUAGCGGAAACAUUGAGGUUCUUCUGGAGAAAGUACGUCUAUCUCUGACCAGUCACGAGUUCAUCACCAUCAAUGUGUUAACCAAUCACCUGGUGCAGAACAGCAGCAAAUGCCUGGACAUGGUCACAUUUGCUACACGCGUGAUAAGUCACAUGACAACAAACUGUGUGUCCGGAUACUGCAACAUGGUCGCCCGUCCUCGCCUUCCCUCCACCAUCCUGAUGGCGAUUGGUGGCAGGAAUGGACGAAAUCCAGCACACCGCAUUGAAGCGUAUGAUGUGCAUGCCAAUUGUUGGGGCUACCUGGUAGACAGUAUGGAUCAACCCCGUUCUUACUGCGGUGCUGCCUUUCUCAAUGACUCCAUCUACUGUCUGGGUGGCUUUGAUGGUGCAGAACAUUACAACACUGUCAGCCGCUUUGACCUGAACAGCCGCGCCUGGCAGGAAGUGGCGCCCAUGCACUAUCGCCGCUGCUACUUGAGCGUAACUGUGCUAAAUGGGUGCAUCUUUGCAAUUGGAGGCCAUGAUGGGCGAGUAAGACUAAAGACUGCAGAAUGCUACACACCUGAGACCAACCAGUGGACUCUCAUUGCCAGUAUGCACGAACUGAGAAGUGACGCCAGCUGCACCGCCCUCAACAACAAGAUUUACAUUUGUGGUGGUUUUAAUGGAAAUGAGUUCUUGCAAACAGCAGAGUAUUACAGUCCAGAGACCAACGAGUGGACAAUGAUAACCCCAAUGAGCAGCCGUCGAAGUGGCAUUGGAGUCAUUGGCUUUGCUGACCAUGUUUAUGCUGUAGAAAUCACGUCAUGAUGGGAUGGAUGUACUGUCUGGAGAUUUCAGAGAAUGUUCAAAGUAAUCCAGGAAGUAUUAGGUACACAACACAACACUUGUCUGCCUUAGGUUUGAUUCUCCAUAUAAAAUACCAGCGAUCUCUGUGGCUUGGCUGAGGAAGCUGAUCGAGUUCUUCUGCCUACGAGACGGCUCGUGGUGCACAGUGUGGUGAUGGGCCAACCGCUGAAGGCGGCGAAGGAGACGACCCGGGUGGAGUGGCUACUCGACAGCAGCGCGAGGCAGGCCUGUGCUUCUCGUCAGCGGUUCAGCAACAACACUCGUCGGGUUCCCCUCUCCAUGUUUGAGCCAGCUCCAGGAAGUGCCAACGCUGACGUUCGGUGGCAGCUGUGGACGCUGCACAUGGUGCCAAAGGCAGAUGGGUCAUGGCGGCCUUGUGGCAAUUUCUGCCACCUAAAACAACGUCACUGUGCACGACCGCUACCCCAUUUCGCACAUCCAGAAUUUUUCCGCCCGCCUGGCUGGUGCGACACAUUUUUCUAAGGUGGACCUGGUCUGUGGUUACCACCAGGUUCCUGUGCACACAGAGGAUGUGCCUAUAAUUGCAGUAAUUAAUUAAUUUUGAGUUCUCGCGCAUGCCUUUUGGACUGGAGGGGGCAGCCCAGACUUUUCAGAGACUGAUGGAAUUGGUGUUGUGUCACCUCACUUUCGUAUUUGUCUAUCUCGGCGACAUAUUAGUGGCCAGCCCUUCAUCUGAGGAGCAUCUGUCACACCUCAUGCAGGUUUUCCAGCAGACACACACAUACUAAUCGUGAACCCGGCCAAAUGUCAGUUUGGGCUACCGGUGAUUGAUAUUUUUUUAGGUCACCACAUUUCAUUUCAAGGCACGAUCUCUUUGCCUUCAAAGUGCAGGCUGUGGCUGAUUUUGGUUUGGCGGUGGUAAAUUUUUAGAACCGGUCUUCCUCGCGCGACUCACCUCCUGCAACCUCUUUAUGCGGUCUUGCAACAGAAAAAGGCUAACGAUCGUCUUGACUGGACCCCUGUGUGUGUCCAGGCCUUUCAGCAGGUUAAGUCUAACUUUGCGAACGCUGCGCU